CCAGGGAUACAAACAGCAUCAGGCUAGUAGGUAGAGAGAGAGAGCGCAUAGAGCGGUGCUCCCACCUUCCCUCCCUGCUCCCAUCGCAGCAUGGCAUCCGCCAAGGAGAAGACCGGCACAGACAGCAAUGUCAUCACACGCGAGCAGCUACUGAAAGAGGAAGAGGUAGGACCUUGGGCCCUGGCCAGAAACACAAGGCGAGGCAGCCUAGGUGGCUUCUAGAAUAUGCACAGGAGAGCACUCCUCAACUUUCAGGCUGAUAUUGCAAAUAUGGAGGAGCCCAGAACAUUGCUGCCGGUUAAUGCGAGCGUGACACACAGACCUGUGGCAGUGAGUUCCACAGAUUAAUAAGUUCCAUCUAAGUCCAAGGCUGAAUGCUUCAUGGGAAAACUGUAAAAACGUUCCUCUUUGGCCUUUCAAUUCAGCUGUCAGGAUUAAGCAGAUUUUAAUAUAAUUGUAUAUUUUGUCUCUAUUGCAGAUAUUUUUUAAAUAGUUAUUAACUGCCCCGAGUUAUUGGGAAAUGCCAGGUUAGAAACUGAGCUAAGUUUGAUGGUUCAUGGAUAUUACACGUGUCUAAAACGUGACUGGAAUUUUUAAAAUUACAAAUAAAAUGCCCCCCUUUUAACAAACAAUAUUGAAACAACUUCAUUCGAAAUCCCCACAAAUAUGUCCAAUCCUAUGCAUGUCAGCUCAAAAGUAACUUGUCCCAGUGAAUUAAAUGAAAUUUACACCCAUGCCAGUGUGUAUUGGAAUGUAGCCUUUCACUCUCAAAAUGGAUCCUGGAUUUCGCUUCAUAUAGAAUUCAAUAGCAACUCUGGGAUGUCUGAAAGUUUCUCCUGAGAACAUUCCUUCAACAUUCUUCAAAAUCGUUAUAGAAUUUUUGCCUGAUCAGAACCUGAUUUUCCUCACAUUUGCCUUUGCCAACUUUUUUGUCAGCUGUGGGUGGCUACGGACCAUGUGUGGCCUACACUUUAUUUUCUUACAUUUAUAUUUCACCUUCCCCCCAUCAUUGUUCCCAAGCUGGCACAAAUGUCUUUGCAGGAUCUCUCCCAUCCAGGCACCGAUAAGAGCUGUUUAUCUGUUUAGCACCAAUAUGACGAUGGUCUCCUGUCAACGUCUAAUGAUGUGAUAAGAGUAGCUAGUUAGCCAGUUGACUGACCCUGUGGAGAGACAUAUUGGACUACAUUCCCACAAGCAAUAGUGAAUACAGGAUAGUGAAGAUCUAGGAAAAUAUUUCUCAUCACAUGAGGAGAUUCUCCAGAGCACUGGCUCCCCCUGUGGUUGCAUAUCUCCUGCAUUACGUUUGCAAAUGCCGACAAAGAGCCAGCUGCCAGCAUCCCUGGGGUGGCAUGAGAAAGGGCUUCUGUUUCUCCCAUUAGGAACAGGGUACAAACUCGAAUUUUUGCCAGGGGGCUGGCUGGGCAAUCAGCCCCAGGCGAAGUCUCUAGAGGGGAGCCACUGAAGCUCCCAGCUUGCGGGGGGCUUCCUCCGACCGCAGCCGGCUCCGGAGUCUAAAAGGGUCCUUGGGUGUCGUAGUCCUGCGCUGCUCAGCCUCAGCAGAGCUCAGUGGCGGGAGAGGCCAGCCAACCAGCCAAGUCUCAGGGGGGUCCUUGCCUGGAGGCAGAGUCCAUAUACAAGGUUCAGUCCAGUCCUAAGGGCAGGGGCAUCUCAGCUCAUGUAGUCGGACUAUCCGGGGGUCAAGAAAGCCAAGAGUCCAAGGUAACGAGAAGCAAGAAGCAGCAAGGUCUGGCCAGGUGAACAUUGUUUGCAGCAACUGACUGAGGUUGGAAACCCUGCUUAAGAAAGCUGGAGCCAGCUGGCUCCUGUCAGGAGCAAGAAGGCUGAUCAGCAGCAGGUGGAGUCACUCUGCCUUUGGCUCCUUCAGGCUGCUGCUCAGCAGGUGAAGCUGACUCCUGCCCCAUGACAUUCGGCACCAGAGUGUCUUUGGUAGUGUGGAUCUUGAGCUGCUAAGCAUCGGAGGGAUGCUAAUUUGCAAAGGGAAGCAGGAAAACCUGGAAACGAUCCUCCUUCCCCUUUCCUCCGGUCUGUUUUUGGAACUGUGUGCAAAAGAGAAAUCCUGGAGAAGUUGAUCUCCAAGCAAAGUUGAAAAAUGGAAGUUUUGUUGCUUUCUUCUUUUGUUUCCCUUAAUGUCUCAGAGAUCAAUUAAAAGUGGUGAAGAGAUCAGAACACCACCUCCUGUCCUUUUUUGGGGAACAGAAGCUUUUCUGCAGCCCAUUGUGUAAACAAUUUAAAUGUCAAGUUCACAAGAUAAGCACUUUGGAGUAUUGCUUGCUUAUGUGUGCUCUCUCUCUCUCUCUCUCUCUCUCUCUCUGUGUGUGUGUGUGUGUGUUAUGUGCUGAGUUGAAUAGGAUUCAAAAUGCAGCAGUCUGAUUGGUCCACAGGAGCCACCCAAUCCAGCUCCAGGUGGAAGUGAAUCCACAUCCUGAUUGGCCUACAGGAGAAUCCCGGAAUUAGCCAAUCACGUGCAGUCCAUUGUGUAAAUAAUGUAUAUAAAGCAGAUAUUUUGGGGGGACUUUCAUUCCUCCUCACCACUAUGAGCUGAAUAAAGAGCAUGAAAUCCACUCUGAGUAUAUUUCAGUGUGUUUGGCUCUAGAGGACAACAUGCAUGUUUACAGCAUGUGAAAGAGGGCACUGCUUCAUACAAUCAGCUACAAAAACGGAGUCCUCUUUAUACUGGAAAUAAAAUACCUGCAAUGAAAGAAAUGUGAUGCUGACAUACAAAGCAUUUUGUAUUCAUCCCUUCUUGUAAUUUGGAAGGAAAAUGUAGCUAAUCCACUUUAAAUUCUUUAAUUGGAAUGGUUCAGCAGCCGGCAAUUUUUUAACAAACUUGUGGAGUUUUUUAUUUUAUUUUAUUCUUUAGAGCCAGAAACUGGAAGCCUUACUACUCAGAAGUAAGUCCCACUGUCUUUGUGCCCUUUAUGAACAAAUGUGUUGACCUGUGUAUGUGUGUGUGUGUACGCAAAUGCACGUGUGUGUGUGUGUGUGUGUGUGUGUGAGAGAGAGAGAGAGAGAGAGAGAGAGAGAGACUAGGUCUUUGCCCUGAGUGACAGAAAGCCUAGUUUCAGCCCUGCUUUUGCUUUGCACUAACUAUCUUUCAUUGCAUUUCAGAUGUUAGCAAAAGCUCAAGCAUAUGCUAAAUUGCUCCGAAGGUAAAUGGAUUUUGAAAUCCUGUUUUCUAACUGUGGACUUUAGUGGCUAAAAGCCUUUUUCUCAGUAAAGAAACAAUGACACAGGCUGCUUCCAGGGUGGCAAAGCUUUUGACACCCAGCUGAAAAUGCAGCUAGGCAAAAACUCACAAAUUGAUGAUAAACACCAAAACCUUCCAGACCCCACGGCCUGAUUAAAGCCAGUCUCUGUGCUGGGUCUGAAAGCCACAUCAGAUGUUGGCUGUGGCCGGCAGAUAAGAGCCAUUCCUUUGCUCUGGAUGGCAAAGCAUAACCAGCAUCUGUGUGAUUCCUAUGGAUGCUCACGACAUUGCAUUUAGCUAUGAACUAAAGGACAACCCCCACACACAGAAUUAUGUGUUUAUGUGAAACAUUUCUAUACCACCCUUCAUAAUACAGAAGCUCACAAUAAUACCAAUGCAUUUCUCCAAAAAACAACAGGUUAAAAUACAACAAAACAUAAACAUCACGUUGAAGCCAAACCAUUCUAUUAAAAUCUUUGUUCAUUUCAUGCUCCACUUUCUGCAUUUUGUCAUAUGGUUCAUUCCUACAGUGGUUCCUGGUUUGAGGAUUGCAUGAAUAGGGCUCACACAUUUACGCAUGUUUAUUUGCGCAUAUGCUGGAGGGAUGUAUGUGGGGUUAGUCCCACCCCCUUUAAAAACCUCUGGCUGCAUUAACACACAACACUAAGCCAUGCACAAGGAGGCUGCACAAAGCCACAGGCUUGCAAGCUUCUCCCUCUCACACCCCAUUCUCCCUUUCAGCCAAGAGGAAGACUUCACCAAAGGUUCGUUUUUCAUGAUUCUUGCCAUGUUGUUACAGUAGAACCAGGAAUCAUAGUUUCAAAGAAAAAAAUCUGUUCAGCUCCAAAACAUGCUUGCAUGUUUCACUAACCAUAGUUUGUUUUAUACCACAAACCAUGAUCUGCACUUAGGGACAAGUCAGGAGUCAGGUGAAGAGGCCUUGCCUGCCCGUUUUUGGAAAGGAAGCAGCAGGGCUCCAGGAUCGUGCCAGAGCAUCACACCUCCUUCCCUAAGAUGGGCAAAUGCUUCUCGGGCUGUGGGAGGAAGGCAGGAUGCUCUGACGGGGUCCAAGAGUCCUCUCCCCUCCUCCCCCCUCCCCCAAGGGUGGUGGUACGUACUGUUGCAUACCGCCAGAAGAAAAGACCUGCUUAAAAUGCAGUACUGCAUUUAAUGUAACAUGUAGCCUGGCCCUCAAAAAGAAGUUUGGAAAUGUCUUCAUUCUGCAAUUAAUACAACAGCAAUGACUGGUUUGUGCUGCUCACACAACUUGUCCUGCCUCUGCUUCUGCAGCUGGGAGCGCGGCAAGGCGAUGGCCCUGGAGCUGGCAAAACAAGAAGACAGGUGUCUGGAAAGGGCCAGAAAGAGGGAGCAGGCAGAAGUGAAAGAGGAGCUGUACCAUGCUAAUAAACAACUGAAGAUGGUAAAGUUUGAAGACAACUCCCCCCCCCCCCUUUCAGUUUUUAGGCAGGUGCAGCAAGGAGGAAAUCCUCUCAGUCCAAACAAGAGGACCGCUUGUUUUCUGAGGCUUGAUUCCUACUUUUCAUGGGGAGAAAACAACCUUCAGACAUGUACAAUUGCAUUUGAGAAAUAAUGUCAGCAAUAUAGUGAAGGCCUUGCUCAUACCAUAAGGGCAUCAGGUGAAAGCUUGGAAGAGAGGAAUGGUUUGCAUUUCACUGGUAACUUGCUUUCAGAACAUGGACAUGAUGUAGUAAUUAAAUCUCUAGUCCCCGCACAAUCCAAGUUACAAGGCAAAAUGUGCAGGUGCUAUCCUGCUCAUUAGUUUUGUGAACACUCCUUUCAGUGUUUGUUUCUUCGUAACAAUGCCAGCAGAAGCUCCUCACUUGCAUGCUAGAUCCGACCUUAUACUGUACACAACACUAUUGUCUCAUAUAAAAUGGAACUGAUUUGUAGAAAAGACUUUAUGACCUGAAAAAAGAGACAAUGCCCUUACUUUUGUAAACUAAGAUAUUUUUUAAUAAAAAUUAUUUAUUAAAAACCCCCACAGAUAAAUAAAGGUGACUGAGAGGCAUUCAGAGAGGAAGGAAGAUCUCCCUCCUCUGAAGGGAAAUGGAAUAUUAGAAAGUGAGGUAAAAGGUCAAUAUUUAUUAUUAUCUCAAUGAAUGAAUAAAUAAACUGGGAAUGGAAAAGAAGGAGUUAAGGGAAGAAAGUUGUUGCAAGAGGAAGAAUGAAUGUAAAAGGGCUGUGGAAGUCUCGUCUACACCAGGUCACCCAGAUUGUACCUGAUGCAAAUGGAGCCAACCUCAGCUCCUUGGAUGGAGCUCAUAAUUGGUAUCCAUAGUAAAGGUAGACGUACCCCUGACCAUUAAGUCCAGUCGCGGACGACUCUGGGGUUGUGGUGCUCAUCUUGCUUUAUUGGCCGAGGGAUCUGGCGUACAGCUUCCGGGUCAUGUGGCCAGCAUGACUAAGCCGCUUCUGGCGAACCAGAGCAGCGCACAAAAACGCCGUUUACCUUUCCGCCGGAGCGGUACCGGUUUAUCUACUUGAACUUUGACGCGCUUUCAAACUGCUAGGUGGGCAGGAGCAGGGACCGAGCAACAGGAGCUCACCCCAUCAAGGGGAUUCGAACUGCCAACCUUCUGAUUAGCAAGUCCUAGGUUCUGUGGUUUAGACCACAGUGCCACCCGCACCCCAGCAUCCAUAGUAGCAAGCAGUAAUACUGAGUGCAGCCCUUGUUGAAAUAGAAAAGAAACAGCAAAGGAGUUGUUGUUAAUAGUUUUUCCAUGUCCUGCAGGUUCGGCGAGCAGCUUUAUGUCAUCGCCUAAGUUUUGAGCAUCUGCAGUACCAACUGGAAUUGAACCACUUGGGCAAGUCAUUCUUCACAGAGCGGCUGUGAGCACUUAUCUCAGACAAUCCAGACCAUUAUAUGCUGAUGCUUUUUCAUAUUGUAGAGAGAUUCUUCUUUCAAUGUUUAAGAAUCAAAUGCAAGCAGUGAAAGGAAAGAUUAAACAGUUUUUGUUUGAAUGGUUUGGUAUACACUGGAAGUUGCACAUUUUGUUUCUGAUAGAGGGCAACUCAACUAUACAUCAGAGUGGACUCUGGUCUAAGCACAAACAAUGCAAUGUGUGAAUUUGCUUGCCCGUUCUGAGUGUUUGAAAAUGAGCAGCACUUUUAGGUUCACUUAUAAAUCCUCACCACAACUUCUAAUUGACAAUAAAGAAUAGAAUCUAUGUUACAA